GCUGGCAUGUCCAUAAUUCGCAGCUCAAAACAAGCAACAGGUGCUACAGGCAAGGGCAUGACAUCACACCAGUCUGUGGACUCAAGCCCAGCUCUCGGCUUGCAAAUGCGAGUUAAUGGCAAAAGCAAUUGUUGUCCCAAGGUCAGUGCCACGCCCCCAGGCAAAGGAUGUGCCGGCCAGCAUGUAAACACUGAAGGGCAAAGUGCAAUAAUCGGGGUCCAGCUGACAAUACACGGAGUGCAAUAGAGCUUGUGUGCGACAGAGACAGAGACAGAGCCAGAGCCAGAAAGAGAGAGUAAGUGAGAGAGAGAGAGAGAGAGAGGGAGAGAGAGAGAUAGAGAGAUAGAGAAAGGGAGGUAGUGAGAGGAGGAGCGAGAAAGAGUGGGUAUACUGAGAGCCUUGGCUCUGGCACAGCCACAAACGCAACCUGUGGCAGUGCAGGGCAAAGUCCGGCUGGCCACGCUAGUACCGCGAUCGCCGUAUUCGGCCACAAUGCCCGUUCAGGCUCAGCCAGAUGUCCGCAGCAGUGGCAGCAUGGAGCGCACCAGAAACGACAGCAGCAUGGAGUUCGGACAGAAUGCAGCCGCGGCGAGCGCAGCAACGGCCACGCCGUGGGGCAACAAGGAGUCGCCCAACAACGAGGAUGACUCCAACGGCGAAGAUGACGGCGACAACACGACGCCCGCUAAGGUCACCGAUCCUCUGGCCCCACGACUAGCCAACAAUGAGCGCGUGUUGGUCGUGUCCGUGACGGAGCGACAUCGGGAAACUUGGGGCCAGAAGGCCGAGUUCCUUUUGGCCGUGAUCGGGUUCGCCGUUGACUUGGGCAACGUCUGGCGGUUUCCCUACAUUUGCUAUCAGAAUGGCGGCGGCGCCUUCCUGGUGCCAUAUUGCAUCUUCCUCAUCUUUGGCGGUCUGCCGCUGUUCUACAUGGAGCUGGCCUUGGGUCAGUUCCAUCGCUGCGGCUGCAUCAGCAUCUGGAAGCGCAUUUGUCCAGCAUUGAAGGGCGUUGGCUAUGCCAUUUGCCUGAUCGACAUCUAUAUGGGCAUGUACUACAACACGAUAAUCGGCUGGGCGGUGUACUACUUGUUCGCCUCGUUCACCGCCAAGUUGCCCUGGACGUCGUGCGACAACGCAUGGAACACCCAGAACUGUAUGCCCGUGACAAGCGAGAACUUCACGGAGUUGGCCACAUCGCCGGCCAAGGAGUUUUUCGAGCGUCGAGUUUUGGAGAGCUACAAGAGCAACGGGCUGGACUUCAUGGGGCCCGUGAAGCCCACCUUGGCGCUUUGUGUGUUUGGAGUCUUCGUGCUCGUCUACUUCUCGCUCUGGAAAGGCGUACGCAGUGCCGGAAAGGUCGUCUGGGUCACAGCCCUGGCGCCCUACGUAGUACUCAUUAUCUUGUUGGUGCGCGGCGUGUCUCUGCCUGGCGCUGAUGAGGGCAUCAAGUAUUACCUGACUCCCGAGUGGCACAAGCUGAAGAACUCCAAGGUGUGGAUCGAUGCAGCCUCGCAAAUCUUCUUCUCCCUGGGUCCCGGUUUCGGCACCCUGUUAGCUCUCUCCAGCUACAAUAAGUUCAACAACAACUGCUACCGGGAUGCGCUCAUAACCAGCAGCAUCAAUUGCCUGACCAGCUUUCUGGCCGGAUUCGUUAUUUUUUCGGUGUUGGGCUAUAUGGCCAACGUGCAGAAGACAUCGAUAGACAAGGUGGGCUUGGAGGGACCCGGCCUGGUUUUCAUUGUGUAUCCAGAGGCUAUUGCCACCAUGAGCGGCUCGGUCUUUUGGAGCAUUAUAUUCUUCUUAAUGCUCAUCACGCUGGGACUGGACAGCACCUUUGGCGGCCUGGAGGCGAUGAUAACGGCCCUAUGCGACGAGUAUCCACGUGCGAUCGGGCGAAGGCGAGAGCUGUUCGUGCUCCUCCUGCUCGCCUUCAUCUUCCUGUGCGCGUUGCCCACAAUGACCUAUGGUGGCGUGGUCUUGGUUAACUUUUUGAAUGUGUACGGGCCCGGCCUGGCCAUACUCUUCGUGGUGUUUGUCGAAGCGGCUGGCGUCUUCUGGUUCUAUGGCGUUGAUCGCUUCAGCGCGGAUGUGGAGCAGAUGCUGGGCGCCAAGCCGGGGAUUUUCUGGCGCAUCUGUUGGACGUACAUAAGCCCCGUGUUUCUGCUGACCAUCUUUAUAUUCUCGAUACUAGGCUAUAAGGAAAUGCUGGGCGAGGAGUUCUACUAUCCGCCAUGGAGCAUCCAGGUGGGCUGGGCCGUGACCUGCUCGUCGGUGCUGUGCAUACCCAUGUACAUGAUCUACAAGUUCUUCUUCGCGUCGAAGGGCAAGUGCCAGGAGCGACUGCAGCAGUCGUUCAAGCCGGAUGCCAGCUGUGGCUCGGCUGUGCCUGGCCAGCAGGGCACUUCGGUGUGACAUGAUAAUGCUGUGCAUUUGAAUAUACACACCAGCAGCACCAGCAUCAACAUUUAUAGUUUAAACUGCAGGGCUUAUUCACCAACAACAACAACAACAACAACAACAACAACAACAACAACAAACAAAGCAACAACAAAUACGGAAGUGAUCAACAACAAGGUGCUGAACCUCCACAGUUACUACGCUUAUCACACAAAUGUUAGUUAUACAGAGGCGGACGGCAGUGCAGAGGAUGCAGAGAAGAGGGAGCCAUUCCCGAAAGCACGGAAUGGAAACGGUGUUAAUGCAUGUAGUCUUAGCCAUAGUCUUAGUCUCGGCUCGGCCAACGAGAAGUGCUAUUACAGCAACCCAACAACUGCUCCCGAGGACAAUAACUGCGCGCUAAGGAUCAGCAGCUGCAAGCCACUCAAGUUUCCGCUAGCCAGCGAGUGGUUGGUCUGAAGAUGGAAUCCCCCCAAAGAGGAGUCAUCUGGAAAUGCUUCGCAAACAGCCAUUUGCAGAGCAUUUCGGGCCACCUGCUUUUCUCUCGCUUUCUAUUUAACUUUAAUGUUUAUAAUCGAUUAUAAUUGUUAUUGUAAUUGUAUAACAAUCCCUAGGGCACAACUGUUUGAACUAGCCAAAUGUGCCAUGAGCUCGCCUACCCCUAAUUACAGAGUUCUAAUAUUACUUUAACGGCUAUGU